AUGCAUAGGCUUGACUUUGAUUUAGCUCGACUGGCUUUAUGGAUUCAUCUUUACAACGUUCCACUUGAAUUGUAUUUUCAAGAUGGUCUUAGCUAUAUUGCUAGUGCUUUAGGAAAUCCAAUCUCUAUGGACUCUACCACAACUUCUAAAUCUAGACUGCAUUUUGCUAAAGUUUGUGUUGAAAUUGAUGCUAAACUGGAAAUUCCUGAAUCUGUUGAAGUCAUACUUGCAAAUGGUCAAAACACACAUAUUCAAGUUGAAGUUCCUUGGCUCCCAUCUAGAUGUAAAAUGUGUGUGAAAUUUGGACACUCUGAUAAAAACUGCCCAAAUCAACAUUCUUCAGCUCCUAAGAAAAUUUGGAGGAAAAAGACUGAUGUUAACUCUAUUAAUGAUUCAAAGCCUACUGAAUCAUCUGUAGACUUACAGAACCAUCAAUCAGGCUCUCCUCAUGUUACAGAUCUCUCUGAAACUACUGAUCCUCUCCCAGGAACAGUUCCAGUUUGUCCUACUCAAAUAGAACAAUCCUCCAAGGAUGAACAACCAAACUUCACUGUCUUGACUCCUGCUUAUAAGACUAUCUCAAAGCCUCCAUCCUCUCCAAUCAAAGCUCAUGAGUCUCCUUCAUUGCCUAAAAGAGGUAGAGGCAUACCCCUAAAGGCUAAAUCUAAUGUUUCUCUUAAAGGAUCUGCUAAUAGAUUUGAAAUACUGAAUUCCAUUGAUGAGAGUUCUCCUAUUGUUGAAGUCCCUACUAAGAAAUCUAGACUUGCUACCUCUGGAGUUUCUAUUCUCCUUAAAGACUUAAAGGCUAAAAAGAAAAAGCAUCUUGCUAUUUCUAGGUCUUCUGUAGAAAAAGGAGGAACUUCAAAAACCCAUUCUCAAUGA